AGUUUGUCUCCUCCGCAGGAUGCAGGAAAAUGCAGGAGGUGAUGGUUAUUUUUCAUUAACUUCGUAAAAUGAUGAGGUGCGAGGUCAAAAUAAAAUGAUCCGGUGGAAAUUCUAAAAAGACGAAAAAAUCACUGAUAAAGAUUUAUAUGCGGUGCUUGGUGCGUGUGAAACAUCAACUAUGGAUCAAAUAAAAGCGGAAUUCAAAUGUAGAGCGAAGAAAAUGCAUCCAGACAAAUUAAACAAGAGUGAAGACAACGAUGAUACGCAAGUAAAAGAAGAGUUCAACCUUCUGCGAUGGGCAUAUGAGAUUUUGUCAAAUGAGGAAUCAAGAAGAAAAUAUGACCACUGGAGAAGAAGUGGUUUAGCAAUUCCUUUUAAGAGAUGGCUAAAACUAAAUGAUGCUACAAGAAAAACACUUCACUGGGCUUUGAAACCCAAAACACAGCUAAUGAUCAUGGAAACAGAAAGCUCAGCUUCACAAGGCACAGCUGAGGGUGAGCCAUCAAAGUCCCAUAACUCUUUAAAAGAAGUAGAAACUGGAUUGAGUUCUUUGAAGGAAAAUAUGAAGAAAGAUGAUGAUAGUAAAAAGGAAACUGACAGUGUAAAAAGAACUCCCUUGAAAAGAACAUUUAAAACCUGGGGAUCAUUUGGAAUAAGUAGUAAAUUUCAAAAAUAUGAAAUUUAGAAACAAGUCAAUACUUCUGUACAUAGGGGAACUGCUGUAAAGUCUAUGGUUGUGAAUUAGUGUUUUGAUAUUUCUAAAAUUUGAUGAUAAUGGAUGAAUCAUGAGAUGUAGUCGGUUAAACAUU